AUGUGCUGCAACUACUACGGAAGCUCCUGCUAUGGCUGUGGAUAUGGCUCAGGCUAUGGCUGUGGAUAUGGCUCAGGCUAUGGAUGUGGAUAUGGCUCAGGCUAUGGCUGUGGAUAUGGCUCAGGCUAUGGCUGUGGAUAUGGCUCUCGCUAUGGCUGUGGAUAUGGCUCUUGCUAUGGCUGUGGAUAUGGCUCAGGCUAUGGCUGUGGAUAUGGCUCAGGCUCUGGCUGCUGUAGCUACAGACCACUUUGCUAUAGAAAUUGCCAUUCUUGCUGCUAG